AUGCCGACUCAGCUUGUGUCCACAUACAUCCCGAGGGAAGUCCCCCUUCCGCCGGUACCUUCGGCCAGCUUCUUCUCUGAGUUACAAUGGAAGACAUUUUAUGCGCUAGCCGACGCAAUUGUGCCCUCCAUCCACACUGCGGCCACCGGCAAGUCAUCGAAGGACCAUGUGGUCUCAGAUGCAGAGUGGGAUAUCGCGGUCUCGCGCUUAUCAAGGCUGAUCCCUGGAACCGAUGCCGCACAGAUUGCCACCCAGUAUCUGCAUGAGAAUGUUUCCUCCAACCCGCAAUUCCGGGCCGCGAUCGAGCGAACUCUGGGCCAGUAUGUGCACACCGAAGGGAAGAACGGGUUCGCCCUGAUCAUGACAGCGCUCAACACCCGCGCCGGCUCGCUGAUUAUGACAGGCUCAACCACUCCAAUCCAGGACCAGCCUAUCAAAGCCCGGGAAAAGAUCAUCCAUGGAUGGGAGUCCUCACGGUUGCCUCCUCUCCGCGCCAUCUACCGGGGACUCACGGGCCUCGUCAAGAAGACUUGGGCUCUGACCAGCCCAACUAUAAGCCCGGUUCUGGGGUUCCCUCGCAUCCCUGUUCAUGGCAAACCGGCCGACGGUUUCAAGUAUGAGUUCUUGCAAUUUCCCCCUGGGAAUCAGCCAGAGACCAUUGAAACCGACGUGGUCAUUGUGGGAAGUGGAUGCGGCGGCAGUGUGACUGCUAAGAACCUAGCUGAGGCAGGCCAUCGCGUACUGGUUGUGGAGAAAUCCUACUCUUAUGCCUCUAAUACGUUCCCCAUGAACCCCAAUGACGGAUUUAUCAACAUGUUCGAGAAUGGCGGUGCAAUCAGCACCGAUGAUGGCUCGAUGGCAGUCCUAGCAGGCUCCACCUGGGGUGGUGGUGGCACCGUCAACUGGUCGGCAUCUCUACAGACACAAGGAUAUGUCCGACAGGAAUGGGCCAACGCUGGACUUCCUUUCUUCACCUCCCUGGAGUUCCAGAAGAGCCUGGACCGCGUCUGUGACCGCAUGGGUGUCAAUCACGAUAAGGUUGAGCACAACCGCCAGAAUCAAGUGAUCCUUGAAGGCGCACGGAAACUCGGCUACGCUGCCAAAACAGUGCCCCAAAAUACGGGCAACGGCGAGCACUACUGUGGAUACUGCACGAUGGGAUGCCCGGGUGGCAAGCAUGGCCCCACGGAGACAUUCCUUGCAGACGCUGCCAGGGCUGGCGCAACUUUCAUGGAGGGAUUCCGUGCCGACAAAGUGCUCUUCAAGAAGGUCAACGGCAGAAAGGUUGCUUGUGGUGUACGAGGAACGUGGAGGUCGCGUGAUUCAUAUUUGGGGCUUAGCGGUCCAGGUGUCGUAGAGCGUAAGGUGAUUAUCAAGGCCAAGAAAGUGGUCGUCUCGGCUGGCUCUUUGCAAAGUCCGCUUCUGCUACUCCGCAGUGGUUUGAAGAACUCCCACAUCGGUCGUAACCUUCAUCUCCACCCAGUUAUCGGAUGCGGUGCUGUCUUUGAUGAGGAAACCCAUCCCUGGGAAGGCUCUGCAUUGACAACGGUAGUCACUGAGUUUGAGGACAUUGAUGGCCAUGGCCAUGGCGCGAAGAUUGAGUCAGUCUCGAUGCUGCCUCCUGUGGUUGCUCCCAUGUUCCCCUGGCGAGACGCGUUGGAGUACAAGCUGUGGGCGGCCAAAAUGAGUCACUGCACGAGCUUUAUUCCCCUGGCCAGAGACCGCGAUACCGGUCGUGUUUAUCCAGAUCCUGUCGAUGGACGCUGUCGCAUUGAUUACAAGGUCUCUGCCUUUGACAGUAAACACAUUGUGGAGGCCACGAUUGCCUGUGCCAAGAUUGCAUACAUCACCGGUGCGAAAGAGUUCCAUACCACCUACGGCGACCAUCCUCCGUUCAUCCGGUCUGAGAACUCCGACCUCGAGUCUCCCGAAGGCGUCAAUGAUGCGGCCUUGCAGAGUUGGAUUGCAGAGAUCCGUCGAAAGACUCCCUUGCACCCCGAGCGCGGUAUGUUCGCCAGUGCACACCAGAUGGGCUCCUGCCGUAUGAGCAAGUCAGCCAAGUCCGGCGUAGUGGACUCGGAUUGUCAAGUCUGGGGCACUGAUGGCUUGUAUGUCGUGGAUGCGUCCGUGUUCCCCAGCGCCAGUGGUGUAAACCCCAUGGUGACCAACAUGGCGAUCGCCGACUGGGCCAGCCGAAACCUUGCGAAGGCGAUAGGUCCUGCUCGGGGCGAGGGCAGCGUGAUGGCUCGUCUGUAA